AUGGAGGCGCCAACACCAGACAGCACGACCCUGCCACCAAAAGAGCUACCCAGCGCUGGGCCGAGGUUUAGGCGCUACGCGUCCAUCGAGAACCACCAGCUCGAAGCCGAGACCGUGAGGACCGAGGGCCAUGCCGAGGGUGAGUGGGUGGUGAUGGAAAAGGUGCACGGCUCCAACUUCUGUUUCCUCACCGACGGUUCCACCGUUACUGGCGCCCGACGCAAGGCCCUCCUCGCUCCCGGUGACAAGUACUACCCAGGGUGGGAGAUCCUGCUCGAGAUGUACACCGACCGCGUCCUGCGCGCCUUCCAGCUUCUCCAGGAGCACUACGCCGCCCACCCUCCGCCUCGACGCCGGCUGGACGAUGAUGGGAAGCUGCAUCAGCUGUACGUGUACGGGGAGCUGUUCGGGGGCAUGUACCCGGGCCUGCCGACGCCGCCCACGCAGGCGCACGUGCAGAAGGGCAUCUACUACUCGCCCACCUACGACUUCUUCGCCUUCGACCUCCACGACGGCCACGGCUACCUCGACUACGACCUCGCCGAGCGCAUCUUCCAGACCGCCGGCUUCUUCUACGGCGAAGCCCUCCUCAAGGGUACGUUCGACGAGUGUCUGGCGUACCCGCACGAGUUUACGACGACGCUGCCGAAGCGGCUGGGCCACCCGCCGCUGGUGGGUGCGCGGUACGAGGGCUACAAGAACCUGGCCGAGGGCACCGUCAUCAAGCCGGUGCGCAACGCCUACUUCACCAACGGGUCGCGCGUCAUUCUCAAGAAGAAGAUCGACCUCUACGCCGAGAUCAUCGACAUCCGCAAGCGCGAGCCGGUCAAGCGCGACCGCAACGCCAAGCUGGGCGACGACGCGCGCCUCGCGCAGGAGCUCGAGAAGCUCGCCGGCGAGGGCGCCGACGUCGACGUGCGGUGGCUGUGCGACGAGUUCGAGCGCUACGUCAACGCCAACCGGCUCACGGCCGUCGUGUCCAAGAUCGGGUUCGAGGGCGAGGUGCGCCACCGGCUGCGCUACAAGCGCGGGCAGCUGAUCGGCCUGCUGGCCAAGGACGCGCUCGAUGACCUGCUCAAGCGGCCCGAGGCCCGGGCGCGCUACGACGCCGUCGCGCAGAACAAGGCCCGCAAGCAGAUCGUCACCCGCCGCCUCAACACCCUCGCCGCCCGCCCCGUCGCCCUCUUCUUCGAUCCACCAGCCGACGACACCACUGACGUCGACAAUGUCAAUGUCGACACGCCAGCUGCUGACGUCAGCGACACCAAUGAGUAUGUCGUUACAAACAUGUAA